AUGCCGCGGAGGAGGUACACAGCUGAUAUUAAAGAUCCCUUCCAGAGGAGAACUUUCUGGCUCAAGACUUUUGAUCCAUCGAAAAAAGCUUCUAGGGCUUAUGAUACAGCAGCAAGGAGGUAUCACAGACACAGAGCCGUAACUAAAUUUCCACAAGAUAACCUCAGAGAUCACCCUUGCACUGUCAAAGAGCAUGUGAAACCGUCAUCGAAUAUUGAAUAUUUUAUUCAUGGAUCAACACGAAAAUGUGAGUCAAUGUUUGGUUCCGCGCUGAAUCAUCAUUUUAAUGCUCUGAAUAUCCAUAAGAAUGUUGGAGCUCUCUUCUUUUGUUGUUUGUUUUUUGCAAAUCAGCUACUCGAGAAAAUCGCGGGUGUUUUGGAGGUUAUCUAG